CGACAGUGUUUAAUUAAAAAACAAUGUCGCAAAAGGAAAAGCAAACAGAGCUGUUUGGGAAAGGAAACGACAUCGCGUGAUCAUGAAAACAACUCACGUAAAGUUCACGCGAAGCAGUUUGAGGAACGAAGCGGUUGAGACACGUGGGAGUUCACGAUGGAGCGGUUGAGGAAGCAGUUCUACGGGGCGUGAAGACUACGCAAGUGAUUUCAGAUAAAAUCACUGGAGCAAGGAGAGAGAAGGGCACAACCAAAUCAACACAUAAACACUCUGUCAAAACUUUACCUUUUCUCUGUAACUCCUUCGCGGAGCUCUCCUUCCAGGAAGGAUCUCCAUAGUUGGUAGAAGUAGUCGUAGUCGCGGAGCUCUCCACAGGAAUCUCCAUAGGAGUAGUCGUAACGUAGAUUCCCAAAACUCAAACACCCUCGUUCGAACGUAGUUUGGAGAGGUGCGAACCGCAGUAACGGUCGCGUUGGUUAGAAGUCAGAGGUGCAUCGAUCAAAUCAAUGGCGCCGACAUUCGGCGGCGGAUAUUUGACGGUCACGUUGAUUUCAUCAUUUAGAGGUGCAUCGAUCAAAUCAACGGCGCCGACAUUCGGCGGCGGAUAUUUGACGGUCGUCUCGAUUUCAGCAAUCAGCGGUGCAUUCGAUCAACGGCACCGCAAGAGUUUCCAUCGCAAAACAUCGAAUCAACAUCGCCGGAAACAAAUUCGGCACCGGCGGUGGCAUUUGGUUUUUCCGAGGAAACAUAUAGUAUCAAAAUUAUGCAUGCGUGCAUGCUGGAAUUUAUGCUCUAAGAAAAAAAGAAAAUUCUUCGUUAAUGUUUCGAUUUUUGUGUGGUUGACUAAACAAACUAUUUAUUUUAGCACAAUUUCGUGUGCAUGGUCCAGAUCAUGCCGAAUCAGAUCACACAAGCGUGGUCUUAUCUAGUCUCAAUAUUCUAAUAUAAUUCAUGAUGAAUGUUUUCAUCCCUACACUAUCAGUCAAUCACUAAGCCAACAUCUCGGGUUAGAAAAAUAUAAUUUUCUAUUUUUUGUAUAUAUCUAAAUGUACAUAGUAGAUUUAUUAUAUUACAAUUACUAUUGAAGUUUAAUUCUUGAUUCAUGUGACAAUAAAAGUAUGACAUUUUUUUAAUUUUCUUCAACUCGAACUCGAUAAUUUGGGUAACUCUUGAAAUUGGACUCGAAUCCCAGAAUUUAGAGUCAAUCCACUCGACAUGUUUUAAUUUCCUCCAAACAACACACAUUUAACUCGUUACACAUACCUGGAAAAGAAUAGUGAUUGCUUCACAUUUAACUCGUCACAGCAAUAUAAUGAAUCUGUGAUUCUGUUGUGCACAUUUAGAUAGAUUUCACAUAAAAAGAUUUAUCUAAAAAAAAAAAAAAAAACUCAACCUGUCGAUCAUAUUACCCGAGUCGCGGUUCAACCAUGAGUCGGUCUACCGAGAUUAGCAACCUCAGAGAAUAAAAUAUGAGGUUCGGAAUUUCAAAAACUGGUUUGGUAGGCUGGCAGUGAAGGUUCGGAAAGCCGUUCGAGAUCCAAUGCUAAGUGCUAACACUCUACCGUCCCGCUCCUUCAAUCCUUCUUUCCAAAUUCCAAUUCCCAUCUCUCUCUCUCUCUAGCUUUGCUCCUUCCCAGUUCCCAUUUCCUCACUUAAUCGGUCAAUCCCAAACCCAAUCCUGCGAAUCUUCCCCCUUCCGGUCCUCAACUCGACAUUCUGGCCUGAACCCUAGAAAUUCCCCCCCUCUGAGCUAAACCGGCCGUCGGGAUAAACCAGGUCAACAGAUGGGAGGCGAAACGCUGGCGAUGAGAUCUCCGUUGGGAAGCACGGCGAGAAAACGGCUCGCCGACAUUUCCAACCUUCCACCGCCACCCGAAUUGGCUGUUCUGAAGCCGAACUCCAGCCGAGACCACAACCCCUCCGGAGACCUAUUCAAUCGCCUUCUUCAGUCGGAAAAGGAGAAAGCUGCACUGUUGCAACUCGUCGAGGAGAGAGAUAAAAUGUUGGUGUUAAGGGAAAAGGAUUUCUCCGCACUGUUGCAACUCGUCGAUGAGAGAGAUAAAAUGUUGGCGUUAAGGGCAACGGAGAUGCAGAAUCUACACCGUGGAUACCAGACAGUGCUCCAGCAGAAUCGAAGUCUUGCUCAAUCCAACAGCCAAAUGUCCGCUGAGGUUAACACGGCAAGAGAUCGGCUGAGGGUAUUACAGCAUGAAGUUGCCUGCAAGGAUGCCUUGCUUAAAGCAAGAGGUUCAGAACUUGAGGGAAAGCCAGUUACAGAACGUCAAGAUGCUGUCCCCCAGGUAAGGGAAGAGGUAACCGCAGAACGUUUACAGAAAGCCAACAAUGGCAAGAAACCGUGUAACCGUGGCAGAGUGCGAGCCACCAGAAGUCAAUCACUGGGCCCAUCUACAAGUCAAGUUGAAGUAGAAAAAGAGAAGGCCGAAACCAAAAGGCAAUGUUUGAGAAGGCAGUCUGCACGUUUCAAGUCCCCAGAGAGAGAGCCACCAGCAGAGGAAUUGUUUGAGAUAGAAGAUACUAAAUCUGCAGUAUCCCCGUCAUCAAGGAUGCAGGAAGAUACUUCUGAACCAGGAAGUGAAGCUCUAGUAGAUGCAGCAGCAUCACAUCGAUCUUCGAUUGGACGGCCUGUUCGAAGAGCUGCUGUUAAGGUACAGUCCUACAAAGAACCUUCACUUACACAGAAAAUGCGCAGGCCAGAAUGAGGAUGAACGAUAAUGGUUUGCUGCAGAAAGAAUUGGAGGGUUCUUGUAGAGUAUGCUUUAUUAGCUUCACAAACUAGUUUAUGUGUGACAUGAUAUUCCAACGCAAGCAUUUUGUUGCGACUGAUCUAUGAUUAUAGUCUACUUGUCUGUGUUUUCAGUUUUCACCCUCUAUAUUCUAGGAUUGGCUACUGGUAUGUAAACUAGGUUCAUUUGUAGACUAGGUUUUGGAGUUGUAAUCAUUCUCAUCCUUAUGCUCGAUGGGGAAUGAUGAUAUAUUAAGAAUUUGGUAGAUCCUUAAAAGUAGAUGGAAUAGAUCGUUGGUGAGAACAUAUUGUUCGAAUGUUUUUUUAUUUUGAAUAAGGUGUGCCAGAAAUC